UUACGUCAGUUCGGAGUUCUCUGUGCCUGACUAAUCCCCUAUUUCCAAUGAAAAUAAACAAGUAAUUUAAUAAACGCGACCACCAAUGCGCAAUAAAACACCCUCCGUUACUAUCGAUUGAUACACCGAUCAUCUCAACUGAUUGCUAUUGGGAAUAGUUUGUGAAAUACAGUUGAAAAUGAAGUACUCAACAUCGCCAACCCCAAGCACUUCUACGUUUAAUUUCCCUCGCAGUACUUCUCCUUUGCCCGCUCCAGCGAACUACCAGCCAACGACGGCUAGCGCAGCAGUUAAGCGGUACAAAUACUUGCGGAGACUGUUCAAAUUCAAUCAGAUGGACUUCGAAUUCGCGGCAUGGCAAAUGGUGUACUUGUUCGUGUCGCCACAGAAAGUUUUCCGGAAUUUUAAUUACAGGAAACAUACCAGAUCACAGUUUGCCAGAGAUGACCCAGCAUUCCUUGUGUUACUUAGUGUUUGGUUAUUUUUAUCCUCUAUCUGUUUUGGGCUGGGCAUGGGCCUGGACUGGGGGCAACUGAUGUUGUUCAUCAUAUUCGUAGUCUUUGUGGACUUCAUCGGAGCUGGCUUGUUGGUGUCCACUUUCUUUUGGUACAUGAGCAACAAGUACUUACGGCGCGACGCGGCGGCGCCCGACGUGGAGUGGGGCUACGCCUUCGACGUGCACAUCAAUGCGUUCUUCCCGCCGCUGUCACUGCUCCACUGUUUGCAGAUCGUGCUGUUCAACAGUCUAUUGAGCCACGACGGCAUCCUACCCUGCUUCGUGUCCAACACGUUUUGGCUCGCGUCCAUCAUCUACUAUCUUUACAUCACUUUCCUGGGAUACAGCAAUAUCCCGAUGUUGAGCAACACGCGCGCGUUCCUGCUGCCUCUGCCCGCGCUCUGUAUCGCGUACAUCGCGUCGUUACUCAUGGGGUUCAACUUCAGCCAUAUGCUUAAAGACUUCUAUUUGUAUAGAGUUCUGUAAUAACCGAGAAUAUUCAAGGCCUUUGUAUUAAAAAUUGGACUAAAACAGAAGCACGGCUUGACUAUACAUCACUUGUGUCUAAAUGUAACCUACAUCUACAAAUAGUAAAUGUUAUCCAAUAAGAAUGCAAAGUUGUUAGUUGAAAACUAAGCAACAGAAAAUGCCUAUAAUUUCACCACAAGCCGUGUAAUUUUAAGUGUUGCGAGGAUUUUGGAGCACGAGGCAAAUAAACUUUGCUGCUAAAUAAAUUAACCUCAUCACGGCUAAAGGGCCCUCCACACUCGUGCGCGAACGCGAGUGUGUAGUCUAGUUCGCUAAUCAGCGAAAUCGACUCCACACUUGCGUUCGCGGCUUCGCGCCGCGUAGUCUAGAGGGCGCUUAAAACAUUAUAAUUAUAAAAAUAUACGGUUUGAAAAACAUUUAAAAUCAGCGUGCAAAAGUGAAAUAUUUUGCCUUACAAAAGGAUAAAAUUGACUUUAGUGCAUUGAUUUCAAAAAGAGCAUUUCCACAUGGAUUACAGGAUGCAGUGCGUGAUUUUUGCUUUGAUAUAUCAGCUUUUCUAGAAUUUUCCUUAGUCCAAAACGCCAAUACGAAGAAGCCUUUACAUGAAGCUACAAUAUGAAUAGUGUUAGACCAAGAUAAGACUGCAACGAUUUUGAUAGCACACGCAGUUCAAGUGUUAUUUAUACGUAAUAAUUUCAUAGAAGUUUGACGUUUAAAAUACUUGCAAAAAUCGUUGCAGACUUGUCUCGGUUUAACUCAUUCUAUUAUUAUUACCACAUAUCAUAUAAUAUUUUAUAUGUAGUCGCCUAGCAGUGACACUAAAAUGGGGUGUAGGAUAAGGAAAUGCAUUUUUGUAAUUUAACCAUUGAAUGAAAAUUGUUGCAUGGGACUGCAUUAAUAAGUUAAUUAUUAAAGUAUCAUUGUACAUAGUCAAUAAUUAUGAUACCUACUUGUAUUAAACAAUUAUUAUCUGUAAUUAAUAAAUUUUGUAAAUAUUA